GUCACGUUUAUUCAAGAAAGUCACUUGUCUUUUCUUCAAUCAUAAUUUCAUCAUCUGCGAAAUAGACUGAUACAAAUUAUUUAAUACAGUGAAAUAAUGUAUAACUCGUAAAGUCCUCUUAAAGAAAUUAUACCUGUAUCUUUUUACCAAGUAUCAUGGCUCUAGCGUUCAGAACUCUUUACAUGAAUUGUCAAUGUCUUCGCCACAUAACCAAACCGGUGAAAUGGUGGAACCUUGAAAAACAGUAUCCAGUAAGAGUUUUAGCUAGUGGAGUUUGUUAUAGUACUAACCAUGUAUACAAACCUUUAAAAGCGAACGAAGUUAGCUUAACGAAAACAAGUUUAAAACGAUAUUCAACGCAAAACUGCCCGCCUACUCCUGAACCCCCGAAACAAGGACUCCUACAAAGAUUGAAGGUUAUGUACAGAGACUAUUGGUAUGUGGUAGUGCCUGUACACAUAGCCACUUCAGCUGUUUGGUUUGGUACCUUCUACUACACCGUAAGAAGUGGUGUUGAUGUUUUGGCUAUUCUAGAGUCAAUAGGUGUGAGUGAAAGUAUUUUAACAACAUUGAAAAAUUCUGGUGCUGGAUACUUUGCACUCGCAUUUGCUCUCUACAAACUUGCGACCCCUUUGAGAUAUGCUGUUACUCUUGGUGGAACAACUUUUGCUAUUAGAAGGUUAACAACAAUGGGUUUAAUCAAACCUGUCCCUUCAAAAGAAAGGCUCAAAGAGCUGUAUCAGGAGAAAAAAGAUACAUUUAAGGAUUCCUGUCAGCCAUACCGGGAUCAAAUGCAGCAGAAGGGCAAUCGGGUCUUAGAUGAAAUGAGACGAUACAAGCAGGAUAUUAAAAAUAGAGUUAAAAAAAUGUAACUAAUAAGUUAGGCAUAAAAUGUCAUGAGGAUUAUGUUGGUGUAACCAAGAACUGGAAUUGUACAGUAAACACAGUGAUGUGUCCAAGAAGUAUGAAUUAUAAAGAAAAAUUAUUAAAUUUUGAAUUAUUUAUUGUUUUAAAAAUAUUUAAAUAUAAAAUGUAUCCCUUAACAAAAUCAUUUUAUUUUAAUAUAUAAAACAUAGCUAGGUAUAAAAUAAUCACAUUUCCAUCAUCAAAAUGUACAGAUAUUAAAACAACUUAUAAAAGUAUUGUAUAAAGUAUUGUAUGUUGUAAAUAUUUAAGUACACAACAAGACAGCACAUACCUGGAAUGUUUGUUAACACACCACUUGUCUUAUGUAACUUGUGACCUCAUACUUAAAAUUAAAUUUGUUCAGCAAUAAUAAUUUACAGUGUCUAACUUAUAUUACACCAGUUAGCUUCACAGGUUUGUUGAAUGUAUGUUCCUUGUUCUGCUGUAAUGCUAACUGGGUGUGCUGUCAUGUCCAGUGUUUAAAAUUAAUAAAUGCAAAAAAAUAUAUUUAUUCAACACACCAUAGCCUAGCAAUGAGAUUGCUCUUACUAGUAAGCAAAUUAUAAAAUUAGUAAUAGGAAGUAUGUGGUGGUUUUAUAAAGGUUAUUUAAUUGUAUCUUAAUGCUGUUCCACAUGUUCAUAAUUUUAACAUUUUUAUAUUAGUUACUGCAAUAAAAGUGCAUCUAAUAAAUCAA